AUUAAAAAUUAUCAUUGUAGAGGAUGGAGAUGAUUAUAGAUAUCAUAUUGAACAAGGUUUAAGUUUGAACCUUUGGAAAAUGUAGGAUUAUUUUUCACUCUGUAGAUUAUACAACUUUAAAUAUCCAUAGGAAAGAAAUGUUAAGAACAUAAACCAGUUUUUUUUAAUAAUUAUUUAUGGUAAGUCUUCUCCUCCCUCUGCCCCCAACAGAGAUAGUCAGUGCACAUCUUUCUAUGAAUUUAAUGCCCCAGUAAAGUGAGAAAGUGGAAGAUAUUUUAGUAUGUAGAAAUUUUUGUAGAACACAUGAGAGCUGUGAUGAGAGGAUGGUGAAGAAGAGACUGAGGGAAGACCUCACUGUGGUCUUCAACAUCCUCAUGAGGGGAAGCAAAGGGGCAGGCACUGAUGCCCUCUCUGAUGACCAGUGAUGGCAUUUGAGGAAACUGCAUGAAGCUGAGUCGGGACAUUUAGGUUGGAUAUCAGGAAAAGUUUUUCACCCAGAGAGUGUUUGAGCACUGGAACAGGCUCCCUAGGGAAAUGGUCACAACACCACGCCUGACAGAGUUUGAGAAGCAUUUGGACAAUACCUUUGGGCAUGUGGUGUGACUCUUGGGGUGUCUAUGCAGGGCCAGGAGUUGGAUUUGAUGGUCCUGGUGGCCCCCUUCCAAAUCAGCAUGUUCUGUGAUUCUGUGAUUAGAGUAUGGAAGUAUGGGGUGAAGGAGUUUAAAUUUAAUCUUCAUUUUGAGGCUGGUGAGGCACUGGAACAGGUUGAGAAGUUGUGGCUCCCCCAUCCCUGGAGGUUUUCAAGGCCAGGGUGGAUGGGGCUCUGAGCAACCUGAUCUAGUGGGAGGUGUCCAUGGCAGCGGGUUUGAAACUAGGUGAUCUUUACCCUUUCAACCCAAGCCAUUCUAUGAUACCAUGAUAAAUGCAAUUUAUUUCAACUUGAGAUUGGAUUUUUGUCAGAUGUAAAUGGUUGCUCUCAAAGAGGAAGCCAUAGUAAUUACUUAAAUGUGAUAAAACUUAUUUUCAUAAACAAGUGUUUCCAAGAUGUAAAAUAAAAUAUCCCCUGGGAAAUCUGAUUCAGUCAAUUCCAGUCUAAUUCUAGUCUAGAAUUGGAGUAACUGAAAAAUCAUGUUUGCUCAUAGGAAAAGUAUACUUCAUAUGAGGCAAUUCUACUAACCUUUUCUACAAUGUGCCCACUCAAAAUGUUGGACCAUCUAUAGCUCUGUAGUUGACUGGUAUUUUUAAGUGUGAGUCAUCCUGUUGUUAAUCAGAGACUAAAAUUGAAAUUAAUUAAAGGUCUAUUUUCUCUAACAAAGUACAUUUAUUAAAUAUUUUGUCUACACAGUAAUUGUAGUAUGAUGAACUUCUUUAUGGGGAUCUUUUUGUCUUGUUACAAUAGUAAUACAGUGUAUGACAACUUCUCUAUAUCUCUGAUUACCUGAGAAGGGUUUUUAUCUUCUUGUCAACUCUCUCUGACUUUUGGUUAGAAUUUAGACUUAAUUUAUUCUGUGUAUUUAAGAAAUGUUAUUAACCUUGAUGUAACUUUUGCUGUGCUGGUGUUGAGCCAAUUGAUUGCUCAUUUUUUGAGUCUAUCUGCAUGCUUAUGGGUUCUGCUACAGCAUAUUUUUACUGCCACGGUUGCUGAUGUUGCUUCAUCAUGAUGCCCAGGCGCUGGUGUAGCAGAGAUUGCUUUGCAUUUUCAUUUCCUUUAACCCCAGUGUACAGAGAGGGAUUCUGGACCUUUCUACUUGUAGCAACUGCUAUGUAUGCUUGCCAAUUAUAAUAAGUAUAGCACCUGUUCUGGUUUGGUUGAAAUAUUUUCAUAAAGGUGCCAUAUCAUGUGCACCUGUGAUACUCUUUCCUGAGUUUAUUGUACCCUGUACAUAGAAACAUCAUGGAAAGAGCACCUAUGCCCAGUGUUUCAACAGUGUGGUAGGAACAGCUUCUACUUUGGUCACUUAUUGAUUGAUGUUGAGAUUUGGGGCACUGGGAUUUAUCCUGUUAUUUCCAGUUGAGUUACUUGGUAUUGACUGGACUGUAAUUGCAAAUUAAAAUCUUAAUGUCCUUUAUUGCUACAUAAUAUUUUUUUAUUUAAAAAGUGUUGAGAGAAUGCUUUAUGCAGCAUUGAAUAUUUUGGUCUGCCUCUAAACUCUUAUGGUUUAGUAGGAUAUAUUCUUCAGACUUUAGAUAUUAGCUAUGAAUAUGGAACCUGUGCUUUCUGAAAUCAGGCAAACAGGUUUUUUAUUAAUAGACAAAAACCUUUUUUUAGAAUAUUGUGAAGUAAGAUCUAUAUUCUGGAGGAGAAUGGCAAGAAAGUUACACUAUGUUCCUAAUUCUAAUAAUUUAGAAAAAGCAAGAGUCAAUUAAAAAGUAAUAAUGUUUUGAGAGAGAUAUAAAAAUAUAUUGAUAUCUAGGAAGAUUUUACCUAAUUUGAGCUACUUGGGUAUUCUUUUUUCUAAGAAUUAGAAGAAUGAAUCAAGCUUAAUUUUAGAGUUGGUAAAAAGAAAGAGGCAUUUCUAGAGGAUGAUAAAGGAGAAUAGCAGAUUUAUUCAGAAUGACGUGAGUGAUGAUCUGGAAGUGCUGGAUCUCAAGUGGCCAUGAAGGCCAGAGUCAUGUGCUUCAAACUUAGCUGUUAUUACUAUAUAAUUUUUACCCUUAUUUUUGUUCUGGAGGAAUUUGUAGACAAAAAUUCCAGAAUUUCUAACCCUAAAGUCAUUUAUGAGGAACUCAUUGCCAUGUGAAACUUACCAGGAUGGACCUGCUGCUGGCCGAGGCUGAACCAAGCAGGGGAUGAUAUUAGCGCCUCUGUAAUCUGUUAAGAAGGGGGAAAAAAGUUAUUGUACAGAUAUAAUUGUGGCCAGAGAAGAGCAGGUUGAGAAUAUGGGAGAGGAACAACUGUACAGACACGAAGGUCCGUGCAGAAGGAGGGACUGGAGGUGCUCCAAGUGCUGGAGCUGACGUUCCCCUGCAGCCCAUGGUGAAGACCACGGUGGGGCAGCUGCGCCCCUGCAGCCCAUGGAGGUCCACGAGGAUGCAGACAUCCACUUGCAGCCCCUGGGAGAUACCCUAGCCAGAGCAGGUGGAUGCCUGAAAGAGGACUGUGAAACCCUGAGAAACCUGUGCUGGAGUUAGAUCCUGACAGACAUCUGCAGACCUGUGGAGAGAGAAGCCCAUGCUGGGGCAGGUUUCCUGGUAGGACUUGUGACACUGUGGGAAAUCCAGGCUGGAGCAGCCCAUCCUUGAAGGACUGCACCCCGUGGAAGAAUGACCCACAUGGCAGCAGUUUGUGGAGAAAUGUUUUCUGUGAGAUGGACUCACACUGGAGAAGUUCUUGGAGAACUGUUUCCCCUUGGAGGGACCCCACGGUGCAGCAGGGGAAGGACUCCCCUCCCUGAGCAGUGGGAGAAGCUGUUGGUGAUGAACUGACCAUAACCCCCAUUCUUUGUCUCCGUGCACUGCUGGGGAAGAAGGGAGAGCUGAGAAGGAGGAAGAGGGGAAGAGAAGUUGUUUUUAACACUGUCUUGUUCUGAUUUUGUUAGUAAUGAAUUCUGUUAACAUCUGCAAUUUGACUCCAUUUUGCCCAUGACGGUAUUUGCUGAGUGAUCUCUCCUGUUCCUUAUCUCAACUCAGGAACACUUCAUUAUAUUUUGUCUCCCCUGUCCAUUUGUGGAAGGGACUGAGAAAACAGCUUUGGUGGGUGCCUGGUAUCCAGCCAACAUCAGUCCACUACAGUUUUUUUUUCCAGGUCUCCAAAAAUAUGUUCAAUUCUAUGCAGGGCUCUAUCAGAAUGAAUGAAAUGUUUUUACUUUUUUUGCAACUAUUGUAAAACAACUUCUACAAGAGACUGGAUGUUUGUUUUCUAUGGAGAGUUUGUAUAGUUUUCUGCACUUUUGUUCUGUGUCUACUUUGCUAAAUUGUAGUGUUUUCUUAAACAGUAUAUUUUCUUAGAAAUUGAUACUUAUGUCCUUUUACUGGAAAGAAAUGUUUGUUGAUGCUUUAGAAGGAUAACUAAAUGUGUGUCAUUUUACAGACUGGGGCAAUUGGAGUCACUUGUGUGAGGAAGAGUGGACAGAGAAGGCCAGAAGUUUCAUUACCAAAUCUUUAAGAUUAUAGUUUGGAGUAAAAUCUUUUGCUUUCCUAAGACAAGCUGGAGACCUGAGCUUCAGUAAAAUACUUAAAGCCUUCUAGGGUACCAACAGGCAUUCCAUUCUUCCUGUUGGUAUAGGCAGUCUCACAAUUCCAGCUGUGCAGAAACUUUGAAGUUUAAAUCCUAAGAGUAACUCCUGGUUUGGAAGUUACAUUUGUACACCAAAAUUUUGUGGGUUUUCUAUUUAUGAAAAAAAAUCCCUUAGGUAAUUGGAUACAAAGACUCUGUACAUGGAGUUCAACUGCAAGAUUAGACACUUGAAAAUUAGGAGUUUUAAUUUGUUUUCUGCUCCUGAAGUACCUCUUCUUUCAAAAUGUCGUAAGGAAUAUAGUAGUUAUCUCCAUACUCUAAAAGAGUACUAUAAAGAACAGUAAACAUUUAUUUUUAUGUGUUCUUUUUAAAGCAAGAAACAUCAUUUUAGGCAAACUUUUCCAUAUUGAUGUGCUGUGAUUUGCCAUUUGUCUCAAUCUAUUGCACUGAGACAAGGCAGUUGAGUUAAUAUGUGUAACUGUGAUAGCUCUAGCAAGCUAAGUCAUUUCCAAUUAAAAGAUUCCUCUGCUUUUUUCCCCUCUGGGAGCAAAAUGAAAUGUUACUGCAUGACUUCAUUAGUAGGCAUUUACAGUGUUGGCAGGUGAUUAUAUAACCUCAGAUUUUCUUCUACAAAAUGCACUGGCUUUCUAGUCAGAAAAACUCUUCUUCCCUGCUUUUCAUUUGAGUGGGUUUUUAGUUGCAGGACUUUGAUCGUUCUCAAAAAGAUGCAGAUUUUCCAUCUAAUUUGGAUGAACAAUUAUAUCAAUUAUCUGGAAUAGAUUUUAAAAUGUCAAUAAUAUUCUGAUUCUGUUUCCACAAGGAGCAUGCUCAAUUGCCUAGGAGAAUUUUUCUUAUCUCAAAUAAACUAGUGAUAAUAAUUUUGCACACAGACUUUGUACUAUUAACUGCCACAGUUGAUUCUUAAGCAGUUUCUUCUCAGGGGUUUUCUGUGCUCUCUUUCCUGCCUGUUGUGAGAUAGUUUCUUCCUUUGUCCACAAUAUUGCUGAUUGUUCAUAUUUUACAGUAUAUUACAUCAUUUCAUGAUAAGGUUAGGGAAUUAAUUUUUAUAAACCAAUCCCAGAGGAUUGAAAGGGUGAUUGUUGCAAACAGCUUUCAAAGUCUUGUUAUAAUAAUCAUAAAGAGGAAAAAUGAUAUGUCUGAUAUGUCUUAGAUAUAGAUCUAAAGACCUAGUUCUGAGAAACCAGGCUUACCUGCUGCUUUUGCAGUAUAAUGUGAUUUUGUCUUUCAGCAUUUUACAAUUGCUAUAUGUCAACAAAAAUAACACUAUCUUCCUUUCUAUCAUACCCUGAAAGUGAUGCUGCUUAGAAAUUGUCUUUCCAGAUAACGUUUAAAAAUGUAAGCUCUUCCCAUUGGACCAAAUCAGCUCUGUUCUUCCAAACAAAUAGCAGUUCUGCUUGCAGUCCUUCCCUAGCCCCAGGCCACAUAUGGAUAGGUAUGGUUGCUUCUGAACUUCCUUUCUGGAAAACAGGAUAAGGAGCAAUGGCCAUAAGUUUAAAUAAGAGAAGUUCCACCUCAGUCUGAGGAAAAAUUUACAUUGCGGGUAGCAUCACACUGGAAUGGGCUGUCCAGGGAGGUCUUGGAUCUGUCUGGUUUUGUGAACAUGUUACUUAUAUAACACCUGUUGAGAGUGAGAACUCAGUACUGCUUGCUUCUCAUUAGAAAGAAAGGAACUGGUUUAAAAUAGAAGGAGGCCUGGAAAAAAAGUGGAAUUAAUUUACUAGGACAUUAUAAAAGUUUAAAUACAAAUUAGAAUGCUACUACUAAUUAUUCAAUAAUCCAGUUACAGUUGAGUGUCACGAAAGCUCCACAUUCCUUCACUUCUCAAAAUAUUUUUUGAUAUAGGCACUUCAAUUGUUUUACUAAAUUAAAUCAAAGCAUUGGAAGUAAUAUAGCAUGGACAGGUGUGAGGUGUCUUUUAUAAUGUUCAUCUGAACAAACUCUUUUACUUCUGCAGUAUAUACAAAAAUGAUUUGCAAACUUUUUAAAGCUUUCUAAAUAAAUACUUUAAUAUUCUUUUGAAAUGAAAAAAAAAAAGGAAAUGUAUCUGGGUUAUUUUAUUUUGUUCAUCCUUAUCUUUGUAUUUAAUGAGUUUUUGUUCUGUGAGGCUCUGAAGCAAUUUUUCUUUGCUGCAGACAGAAUUCCCACAUCUCAGCAGUGUUGGUGCUGACAAAAACAUCUACAAGAAUCUUCUCUUUUCUGAAUUCUGUGUUCAAAUUCACAACAAUUUUUAUUCAGCCUGUGUAAAUAUGUUUCUGUUGCAAUUCUCAUAGUUCAUGAAUGAAUUCAUUGCAAUUAUGUCAGUGUUGGAUGGUAGACAAUAUGUGAUGGUAUCAUUGUGAGUUUUUUUCUUUUCCUUUUUUGAAGUGCCUAUAUGGUAAGUGUGUGCACCAUGGCUGUAUAUGGCAAAAUCAACUCUGCAGUUAGUGAGAUAGGCCAUAGCAAUCUGUGGCCCACUGUCUCAGAUUAGUUCAUUUUUGUGAUAACAACAUGUGGUGUUUUGCUACUGAAUUGAUGCAUUCUCUCAGUUUAAAACCAGGAGAGAAAGGAGUCAUUACAGCCAUGUUCCUCUGGUUGUCCAUUUUCUUCACCAUCUUCUUUGCUUGCUUCAGACUACCUCAGUUCAAUUUUGCAGUGCUGCCAUAACAAGUAUGCUGAGUUUGGGUUGGGCUCAGCUGCAUUUUAUGUGGCUUAGUGUUCGCCCAUGAAAACCAAUUUAUUGAGGCAGGCCUGUUGCAGAGAAGCAUUUUGUACCUGUGAUCUUCUCAGUCUAUACAGUCUGGUGAGGAAAUCUUGUGUUUCAGAACAUUGUUGGAUGCAGUAGAUGCUCUUGCAUAUCUUGUAGUCUCUGUCAGUAUCUUCCUACACAACCUCAGGAAAAAUAAAAGUAUUCUGUGGGUGUAGUGAAGCUGAAAAUACCCGAGGGAAUUGUUUGGGCAGCAUAUCACUUUAAGCUUCAGUGACUAGGACAUACCAUUUUGAUAACAUGAGAAGUAUCCCACAAAAGAGACAGAGAGGUGUUAGAACUUUUUAACAUUCUUGAAAUAGCUAUUUUUCUUUUGGAUACCCCCUCAGGGAGUGUUCCAGUCUCCUCUGUUUGUAUAAGAAGCCCAUUACAAUUCAAUUCUGGCUUUUGUGUUGCACAACAUGCUUGUUUGAAGUUUAGAAGAGAUACCUUUCUUUUAAUAAAUUCUUCAGUUGCUUCAUUGUCAACAGUGCCAUUAUUUUACAUCCUUUUAACACCUUCAUUUUAGUAGACUGAUAUAUAAUGUUGGCAAAUUGAAUUCAUGUCACUGUAGGCAGUGAAUCUUGUGAAAGGCCGGGUUUAAGCAGUGGAACCUUUGCAUUUGAUUGUCCUGAACAGCUUUGUAAAGUGCUGCUGGUUGCUUAUCUUUGGCAAGAGUUAAUCUGCUUGAGUCAGCCAGUUUGCAAACUUUAGACAUCAAAAACUUCCCUAAAUCCCAGUCCUCUCACUGGAUGACCUAAUGUAUGAGUGAUGAAUGGAUCACACUGCCUCUCAAUCUGCUACCUGAUAGGUGUUACCUCCAAGGAGAGAGACACCCUUAGGAGCCUUAGGUGAGAGCAUAAGAACAGCCACACUGAGUUGGAUCAUUGGCUACUUGCUUUAGCAGUAGCUGUUUGUGAUGUCUGGUGAAAAAGAGUAAAUCCAGGGUAAGUGUAUGUGAUAUGAUCCAGAGAAUUCCCCAGCUGUUUUCAUCUCAGGGACAUUUCAGAGCAAGGUGUGAUUCCUGUCUAUUCAGCAAUCCUUAAUAGGUCUUUCUUCUAAGCUUUUAUCUUCUUUCUCAUUGGGCCUCUGUAAGAUUUCUCAUCCACCUUACAGGGUGGCCAACUGUCUGUUGUGUGAAGAACUACUUUUGUUUAUAGUCAAUCUGAUUUCUACCCGUUUAGUUUGAUUCCUUCUAGCUUUUCUACUGGAAAAGAUAACCAUUGGUUCUUCUCAUGUCACUCAGUCAUCUCUUUAUCAGGCUGGAAACUUUUGUCUUAAUCAGAUGCUAUUUAAAUGGAAGCUCUGCAGGAUGCUUGAGGAAGCUUCUUGCCCUUCUCCAAAGUUUUGACACCUCUGGUAUAUGUUUUGUGAGCUGAGGGUAAGGGAAUUGCAUACAGUAGGCAAGGUGUAAAUUUUUGUAUGGGCAUAGGAUUGGUUUCUGUUCUGUUGUCUCUUGCAAAAAAAAAAAAAAGCUAAGCUUUUAUUACCUUUUUUUACAUGUUUUAAACAUUUUUAUUGCUGAGGACUGGGAUGAUUUUUUCAUUAAACUCAUAUGUUCAUUUUUAUAAUUGCUAUUUUAGAAGUGAGCCACUUAUUCCAUGUAAUCCUUUUACAGUUUAUCACAUUAUCCAUGCCUUUGCUACCUUGCAUAGUUUUGCCUCAAUGGACUUUCUACCUUCACUGCUCUUGCCCUUUUCCAGAACUGCUCUGCAUAUGUUAAACAUGAGUUGUUCCACAGGAAUCAUCACUCCCUGUGAAAACUGGCCCAUCUUUCCUUGUUCACUGCUUUAUGUAUUCAGUCACUUACCCAGGCAAAGAUCUCUCCUCUUUUCUUUCUUGCCUAGUUUGCCUUCCAGGCAUUUAAAGGCCUCUGUCAGAAGCAUUUUUUGAAUCCACAUUGUGAAAAAGCAAUGGGUUACAGCCCAGCAUAACAUACUCUUCACCAUUACAUUGCAUCCAUUACUUCUAUAUAUAUAGAACACAAGUUUGUGUAUGUGUGCAAAAAUCAAAUUACCAUCUCCUCAGAACAUGUGGAACAUUCUUAGCUACUGAUGAAAUAACCUGCUCUUCCAGGGCCACAGAGUUCCAGUUAUGCAAAUAGGCAAUAAAUGUUCACAAAGCCCAUUUUAUAUAACAAUUAGGAAUAUUAAGACAGCUUAUAAAAUGUUCAUCUGCAUUUUCAGGAGCUCUUGUACCUGGCACUUAAUCAUCUACCAUGUCAGGGUUAGAUUUCAGCCAAGAAGAAAUAGGUAUCAAGCCUAGAGAAUUUAUGAGAAUAAUUAAAUUAAUGUUGUUGUGGUCUGUUAUCUCAGAAGGGGUUUGUUUGUUAGAGUUGGAGGAAAAGCCAAAGGAUAAAUGAGCAUGGUCAAGUGCAGACAACUAAAAAUAAAGUGAGGAGAUUAUUUUAUAGAGGCAUUUUUUUUUAAAGGAAAUAGCUGAUGGAGGGUAGAGCUUAGCUGAUGAUGAAAACUACUGUGACAAAUGACUGCAACAUUAACACAAGCUUGGUUAGUCAAGUCAUUCUUCUUUUAUUUUGCGAAUUGUUAGUGUUUGUUUACUUUUCAAGGUUUUAUCAGUAGAAGUGUAUGAAAGAAACAGAAAAAUAGUCAGUAAGCUGGUUUAUUACUUUGUCUUUGUAUAAAAGAGUCUAACAAAUAUGUUGGUGGGAAUUAAAGGUGGUACUUUAGCAAAAUUUUACUAUCUUUUUAAUGGAAAAUAAGAUUUAGAAUCGUAAUGGAAAAUAGAAUUAUUUUAAAGAAUAUGAAGGUUGUCUAGUUCAAACCCUCUUAAAAUGGGGCAGAUAGGGAAGAUAUCUAGUACAAACUCAUAAAAUGAACCAUUUAAAAUUUCAGCAUUAGAUUUCUUGCAUAACAAGUAUGUUUUUGCAGUUAGGAUGCAGAAUAGAAGUAAUUGCCAUAGUUUACUAUUGCUUGUAACAUUUGGAUGUCAGUCUAAUGACAUUCACAUCCCAUUAUAUAAAUGGCUUCUUAAAAAGGUAAUUAUAAUAACAACUAAGAUUGUUACUACAGUUCUGUUAGAUUACGCCUUGCUGUACAGCUGUUAUAUUAGAGCCUGCAUACACUAAGGUGGUACACUUGUUCUGUGGUAUUGUAUGAAGUAUGUUUUUAAGAUGAAGUCACUUAAAGGUGUCCAAGUUUGGAUCAUGGUUUUUCCUUGGAGAGGGAAAAAAAAAUCAAAAGAAGCUUUGCCUUUCUGAAUUAAAUGUAUUGUGGUAGUUAAAAUGCUAGUUCAAGAGCUAAGUGACUUUUAUUGCAAUUUUAUUCUGGGCUUGCUUUUGAUACCACUUGCUAAAAUCAUCGAAGGACGUGAACAAUAGGCUUAUGCAUUCACUGGGAAGCAUUAAACCAAUUUAAGCCAAAAUUUGCAAAUGUGACUCAUGCUUUUCUGUGCUUGACUGGAAAUGCUGGGAAAAAAAAAAAUCUAGUUUUAGUUAUGCUGCUUUCUUUAUUCUCCAAAAGGCAGGCCUGCUUAUGGGUGCCUAUUGUUAGGACAGACUGUACAUUAUUGGAGUUUUAUGCAGUGCUUUGCAUGGCGGUGUUCUUGCAAUUCAGUUUUCUUGCAUCUGCCAUAAAAGAAACAAUAAUCUUGAUAUUCAGGACCACCUGUGGUGACUUAUACAUUUUGAAAUGUUGGAAUUAAUAACUUUACCGUAUCUGUAAUAGUUCACAGUUUUGUGUGGCUUUUUAUUCUGAUACCAAGUUGCACAUGGAAAUUGUAGAAUUAUUUUGUUUUUAUGGCACUACUUAGAUUUUGAAUAUGAGUCUUUUUAGUGAUGAUGCAGCAACUCAUAAUGAAUGGCAUGCUGCAGAGUUCCUUUUUCCAUGUGGCUUAAAUUACAUUUGUGUACCUAAGCAGAGCUUUGGGGAAGACCUAUUGCGCUGUUAAACUCUGACUAUCAAAACAUGAAUUAUGUUUGAUGCAGGUUCAAUCAAGGAUAUAACACGCUAGCAACACAUUUUUGGGGAUUUUUUUUUUUUGUUGAAUUUGAAUUUUUCCUCAGUUGGUUUUGGUUUGUUGUUAUUGUUUUGGGGUUUUUGUUUUGGUUUUUUUUUUUAAUCUUGAAGUUUUUCUUUUGACUAGGAAUAGAGACCGUGUGCCUUGUUACAACCAAGAAAAUCACUUUGUUCUUGAUGGAAUGUCCAAUAUACAAACAAGAAAAACAAUCUCACAUCCUUAGGCUCUCUAAACAGUAAGGUAGUUCUAUAUUGCAAUUUCCAUUACUUAUUUUGAAAGCUUCCAAGAAAGGGAUAUCUUUUUGUAUCCAUAGUGUGACGUAGCAAGUGCCUUGUACAUAUCCUUGAUUUUGUAAGCUCUUUGGAGCCGUGUAAUUAUGUAUCACUGUCUGACACUGAUGUACUGAAAGAAACUCCAAAGGUUCAGUGGAAUUUGCUUUACUAAUGGUAAUAUGUGACACUUGAAUACUGUGUAUAAAAUUGAAUGGUUUGCUGCUCAGUUUUAUUUCUUUACCUAUAUAUUCUCUUAAACUGUGAAUGAUAGCUGACCUUUCCAUUUCAUGGGAUUCAUUUUAGUUGCUUGGCAAAUGCUUAAAAACCAAUAUUUAGGUAAAUUUCAUAGAGCAGAUGAAUUACUGUAGGCUCAUAUCAAUGACUGAUGUUAUGUGACAUUUUCUGUGUGAAUUUAUAUGGAACUUUUUUCAGAAGAAUUGUGUAAUGAGCCUCUUAAUCAUAUUUCAUGCAAUUGGUAUUGAUGGAUAUGUUUUUCAGUGUUCAAGAGACUCCAGAGGACAUGGCUGAUUGGCUGAUGAUUGAUUUAGGAUAGAGAGGCUUGAAUUGGGAGGGAAACAAAGCUAGCAAUAGGAAGAACAAGGCACAUUUUUACAUGCUGUAAAGAAACAUUCAUAUAUUAAAUUGGUUAUUUGGAUAAGUAUACAUUGCACAUCUAGAGCAUAGUCGAUAUUUGAUGUGGCCAUGGUUAUCUGUCAAAACAGUAUUUUGACUCCUGUUCAUAGAUUCUGAAUGUAUUUUUUUUUUUGUUAUGAUAGGUGAAAACAGCAAAGGAAAAAUGACAUGGCUUAUGUAAUGAAGAAUAAGAACAUGAAGCUAAGGACAUCCAAAGGUUAUUUCAGGAGUAAUAGAACAAAGUAGAUUAAAUAGGCAAUGUUCAGUCUUUGCAUGGUUGAGAGUGAAGCUGAUGAGGUGAAUUUACAUGGUGUCACAAGCCUUGGUUUAAAACAAGCCCUGGACUUUGCAUAUACUGGACAGAUCCUCUUGGAACCAGGGGUGAUACAGGAUGUCCUAGCAGCUGGGAGUCAUUUGCAGUUGCUGGAGCUUCUCAGUUUAUGUUCUCACUAUCUCAUUGAGGAAUUAAAUAGUUUUAAUUACUUGGACCUGUACAAGCUUGCGGAUCUUUUCAACCUCACUUUGUUGGAGAAUGCAGUCAUUGGCUUCUUAGUAAAACAUCUCUCUGAGCUAUUGAAGAGUCAUCCUGAAGAAGUUCUGGCACUCCCGUACUGUCUUCUUCGAGAGGUUUUUAAAAGCGAUAGACUCACUUCACUCAGUGAAGAACAAAUCUGGCAGCUGGCUGUGAGGUGGUUGGAGCACAACUGCCGCUACCAAUAUCUGGAUGAACUUCUCCAGUACGUCCGCUUUGGCCUUAUGGAUGUGGAUACACUGCAUACCGUAGCUCUCACUCAUCCUCUCGUACAAGCCAGUGAAACCGCGACAGCGCUCAUUAACGAGGCCUUGGCUUACCACCAGAGCGUCUAUGCACAGCCGGUGUGGCAAACUGCAAGGACAAAGCCUCGCUUCCAGUCAGACACUCUUUAUAUUAUUGGUGGGAAAAAAAGAGAGGUCUGUAAAGUGAAGGAAUUGCGAUACUUCAACCCGGUAGACCAGGAGAACGUUCAUAUCGCGGGGAUCGCUAACUGGAGCGAGCUGGCGCCUAUGCCUGUGGGGAGGAGCCACCACUGCGUUGCUGUCAUGGGAGACUUUCUUUUUGUAGCUGGUGGAGAGGUAGAGCACUCCACGGGGCGCACGUGCGCCGUGAGGACUGUCUGUCGAUACGACCCCCGCACUAACUCCUGGGCGGAGAUAGCGCCGAUGAAGAACUGCCGGGAACACUUUGUGCUGGGAGCCGUGGACGAGUACCUCUAUGCUGUAGGGGGCAGAAACGAAUUGCGUCAAGUGUUGCCCACAGUCGAACGCUACUGCCCCAAGAAGAACAAGUGGACCUUUGUACAGUCCUUUGAUCGGUCGCUCUCAUGCCAUGCGGGAUAUGUGGUGGAUGGUCUUCUUUGGAUAUCAGGAGGAGUAACAAAUACUGCACAAUAUCAAAAUAGACUCAUGGUCUAUGAUCCUAAGCAGAACAAGUGGUUAAGCCGUAGCCCGAUGCUGCAGAGGAGAGUGUAUCACUCCAUGGCCGCUGUCCAGAGGAAGCUGUACGUGUUAGGUGGGAACGACCUCGACUACAACAACGAUCGGAUCCUGGUCCGUCACAUCGACUCCUACAGCAUAGACGCCGACCAGUGGACCCGCUGCAGCUUCAACAUGCUGACAGGUCAAAAUGAGUCUGGAGUUGCUGUCCACAACGGUAGAAUAUAUUUAGUUGGUGGCUAUUCGAUUUGGACAAAUGAGCCUUUGGCAUGUAUCCAGGUGCUGGAUGUUAGCAAGGAGGGAAAGGAAGAGGUAUUCUAUGGGCCUACGCUCCCCUUCGCUUCCAAUGGAAUAGCAGCCUGCUUUCUUCCAGCUCCUUAUUUCACAUGCCCCAACCUUCAGACUCUGCAAGUGCCUCACCACAGGAUCGGCACAAUGUGACACAUUCCUUGCGCUUCAUGGAAUCAGAAAUGGAGGAGGAAAACAUCAAACCCCACAGGGUUUGAUAGAAGGGUUUCCCUGGGUCAGUGAGAAGAAUCAAUCCACUUGGGCUGCUGCUUUACCAUCACACAUUUGUCUUAAAGUCAGAUCACAGCAGGCAGGAAGGAAGUUCCAAAGCCUGCGAGCGGUUUCUCUCCUCGGCCUCAGACGUAGCAGCAGAUACGUGAGCGCGUUGUGCGUUUCUGCUGGUGACCACUUGCUACGUGUCUUCUUCAUUUCCUUAUGCAACUUCGUCAGGCAUUGUGGAUGCUCUCAGCUCUUCCUGGGCCGCUGCUCUUUGGAGUCUGCACAUUCAGUUGCUCACCAGUGGCGCUUUCAAAGACAAUAAAAAAGCUCUGUUUAUGUUCACAAAGAUGAUAUAAUACUGUGCUAAUUAUGCAACUUACUCAAUACCUUUGGCAAAAAGAAUAACAAAUGUGUUGACUUUCAAUUCUGAACUCCAUCGUUUACAGUUUCUCAUUUAAUAAUACUUCAUUUGAAAUUUAAAUACUUCAAAACAGAUUAAAACAAAAAUAAAAAAACAAGCCCUAUAGGAUAUGAGGAACAGAUAAAAAUUGUCUCAGCUGAAAGGCAAAGAAAAUGAAGCCUCACGGUUAAACUCAAGUCUGAACUGAAUGUGUUUGUUCGAGAAUCUAAGGAUUGUUUGGGAUGUCAUUUACCAAGGUCUACUACCAAAUAAAUGUUACCUUCUGUCAUAUGAUCAAUUCUUCCUGACAGCUGCAGUCUUUUAAUGGGGGAGAUCAGCCUCUUUACUGUAUAAUUAAAAUGUGCCAUUCACUUAAUAUUUUUAAUAUCCAGUUUGCAAAGGGUCACCACAUUUACAAUUAUCAAUGAACAGUCUCAUUUUGUCCAACAUAUGGUCCCACAAAUCACUGGUCUCCAGAGGCUAAGCAGGUGUAGAACAAUGUCAAUAUUUAUUUAUUUAUUCUUUCAGUUUAUAUAGCGUGUCUCCAUUCCACUCUCCAGGCAUAUGCCAGCUCACAGCAAAUACUGUAACCUGGUGUAUUUUGGCUUUGCUUGGCUACUGCAGUCCCUGUCUCUUAUCUCUGUGUUUUAUUUACAUAUUGGACAAAAAUGUCAAUGUUUGUAAAUAUUAACCAAGCAUGUAAUUAAAUCUUUCUCUAUUUCUGAUUUAUGGAUACUCUGCACUUCUCUGCCUUACCUACUGAUCAGCUCCCUGCCACUGUGCUGCCUGAGCAGACCUAUCAAAUUCUUGCUGGUGCUCCUGCUAAUGCCACAUGGGGAAUGUGCUGCAGCAGUAGCCCGUGCCUGCUGGACAGGAACAGGUUUGACUUCAUCCAGUGAGCAGCGCUUUCUAAUCAAAACUAUCUUUUAACUUUUAAGGGUCUGAUUACAGGGAGGUAACUUUAUUAUCAUUUCUGUCUCCUGCUGGGCAGUGUACUGGUGGAACAUUCCCUUUCCUUUUCCAUACUUAAUCAGGUUAGAAUGUUUUAUGGUUGGGUUUUUGUUUGGUUGGGUUUUGUUUGUUUGUUUGUUUUGUUUUGUUGUUUUUUUUUUUUUCCUGAGCUUUCUCACUUUCCUUGCCUCGAGCAGAGCUGCAGCUGCACAGUCUUUGCCUGGCACACUGGCUCUAGUUGCUAACACCAUCUCCCUCUGUGCACCAAGCACACCUAUAUCUAGGCAGGACUUUUCUCUAUGUUGCAUGGGAGCUGGAUAGGCUGUACAUCAAGACAUGUUUUAAUUUCUUGAUUUAAUUUGUUUGAUCUCCUGGAAAUCUGCAUGCAAGGAACA